CAGUUGACACCUUAAAUACAGCGCCUGCAGCGCCACCCACACCACAGGAAGUCCAUAGAAAACUUAGUAUGACAUCUGCACCACCAAAAUCUGAUGACAAUUUGAAUGACAGCUUCAAGAAAUCUCAAAGGAGGCUCUCACAAUCUAUACUUGAACCCCUACAGGACAGCCCACCGAGUCCAACGUUCUCUAAGCAUCCUUAUUUGUCAGCUGACGAUGAAGCUGAGGGCGAUUUAGUUAGCGAAGAUGAAGCUAGUGUCAGUGGUACUAAUAUGGCAACUCAAGUAAACACCUCAAGUGAACCUCCAAUAAAUGAGGAUAAUAUACUAAGGAACGGUUACCUUGAAAAGAAAGGUGGUGGUCACCGUAAGCGUUGGAAAACGAGAUGGUUUGUUUUGAGACCAACUAAGUUGGCGAUUUAUAAAUCAGAUAAGGAAUAUAGAUUACUUCGCUUAAUUGAUGUCAACGUCAUUCACACUUGCGUAGAGGUUGAUGUUGGUAAGAAGCAUCAAAAUGUCUUCGGUUUAGUUACUCCUGACAGAAUUUUCUAUUUAAAAGCAAUCUCUCGUGCAGAUAUGGAGUCUUGGAUCGAAGCUAUCAACCUUGCACGUAAACUUAUGCGCGAUCAAUUAAGUCUACAAACUAGUUUUCCUCAUAAUGAUGAAUCAACCACUCAACUUUCUCCAAUUAAUAUCCCAGUUUCACCUUCAGUGCAUAGACGCACUUCUUUAUCUUCAACUCAAGCUUCACCUCAUCGUGUUGAUAGACCUUUUGAACAAAGCGGUUUUAGUUUACCGACUGAUGGUGGUGAAUCACCUAAUGAUAGGGAUUCAAGUGAUGAUGAUGAUGACUACCAUGGUAUACUAUCACCAACUGAUCCAAAUAAAGUCAUUCUAACCGGUUAUCUUAUGAAACUAAGUAAAAGAAAGGCUUGGAGGAAACGUUAUUGGAUACUUACAUCUGAUAAAUUGAGUUAUGCCCGUUCACAUAUGGAUAAACCCCAACGACAUAUUCCACUGUCGAAGAUAUUAGACUCUUUGGAAGCCGAAGAACAUGUAAGCUCCCCAGAGGGCACAGAGCAGAGAGAACAUAAAUUCAAAGUUUUAACCGUCAAGAGAACUUUUAUUUUGUCCGCUCAAUCGGAGGAAGAAGAAAUAAGGUGGUUAUCUGCUCUUCAAACUUUACUUGCACAUAAGAGAGGUUUGCCGGUUAGCGAUAUAACCGCAUCGCCUAUGUCUUCUGCGAACAAUCCACAAUAUUUGGGUCCACCGCCACCUCAUGUGACUACCCAACCACCGACACCUCAAACACAUAAACUUGUUGACGUUCCAGAAGAAGAAUCAAGCGCUGAAGUUCUAGUUAAUGAGGAAGAUCAAGAUGAUAAUAAUAACACGAGACAUAAGAGAACGAGAAGUGGCACGGUUGAAGCCAGAGCCGCCGUUGAUGCUGUAACAAAAAGAUAUCACCCAGAAGAUAAAGAUAAAGGAAAUUAAUGGACUAAUAAUAAUUACUUACUUGAUACUUGUAUUUUGCUCU